AUUCUGAUUUGCUUGGUCCAAUCAUUUGCUUUCAAGCAAGUAUUAUAAAGACUAUAUCUCUUGCAUAUCUUAGUAAGGUCUCUGCAUGCAUCCACACUCUGUUUGAACACAUUAAUCUUCAUACGUGUUCAUCUUCCAACAUAUGUGGCUUCGACGUUCAAGCUGAUAUAUCUCAAAAAUAUUACAUAUCCAUAGGUAAGUCUUCCAUACAACUAAUCCAAUACUACAAGUACAAGGCAGUAUACUUACUACAAGGGCAGUAAUUUGCCUAUUUAGGGGGACAAAAAGUAUAUUUAACAACCCAUGCCAAGGGCAAGGCAGCGAUGCCCUCUUAAAUAUAGCAGUAUACUGCUGCUAUUAAUGACGUGUAAUACGGCGACAUAUUAAGGUUCAUUUCUCAAUAAACCCAUGGAACAUUAUUCCUAAACGGCUAUACGACUUAAGCUUUUGUAUACUUAGAUUUAAAUCGUUGUAUCUUUGAUAUUAGACAGAUUUAGAUCGAGGACGCGGACGUCAAAGACGACGUGAAAAUGGUGUCAAGAUGACGUGGCAUAUCAUACAUGGGCACAACACGCCAUUUUCACGUCGUCUUUGACGUUCGCGUCCUCGAUCUAAAUCUAUCUAAUGACAAUUUAUUAAGUACCACAUGUUACAAUUAUCAAUAAGACAUAAUUAAAUUACACUAUUUUGAAGGUACAAGCUAACUGAAAUAACCAUUAUGGGCUAAACUAUAGUCAGUUAGCUGCACAAUAUAAUUUGCAUUAAUAUUAUAAAUUAGCAGAAAAAAAUGGUGGUAGUAAUACAGUAGUAGUAAUUAUAAUAUAGCAAAAUUAGUAAAGUUAGAAAAUGUAUAGGAAUUAGUGUAAAAAAGGAAACUGAUCGAUAUUUUGAUAUUAGACUGCUGCCUACUAUAAACAAAUGCGAAACAAUGUCAGUGAUCUUAUCCUUAAGAUCCCCGAAAAGAAAAAGCGGUUCUUAAUGGAUAAAUAGAGUCCAUGUAUCUCAGUGAUCAGCUCAAACAUGGGCUAAUUCAGUAAUUGUUAGCAGUCAGGAAGAUAUUUUGUCAGAUCCAAAUUGCUGUUUGAUUGUUUGUCAGCUACAGGUAUGCAUGUUUGAGCACAAUAAUGCAAAUCAACAGAGUAUUUAAAUAGGUACAUAAAUAUAACCAUGAUCGUGUUUCCAAACAGCACUGGGGGUUAGACCCAUGAUAUUUUGCCGGAUUAAUUCUGACACUUCAGAAGACAACGAAAACUUGUCAUUGAUUAGUUCUAAUUCUUUGCAUAUAAUUAAAUAUAGAGUCAGAGAUUAACAGUGUGAAGAAAGCUUUGAAAUCAUCAAGAAAGCAAGAAUGUGGGACAAAUUUCAUUUGUACAGUUUGGUUGCGAGUUUAGUUUUGUAUCUUGCUGACCUAGUAACGGAUGUUUACGUCGCGGUUCAAUAUCGCAAGAAUGGUGACGAACUGUGGUUUGUAAUGACAGUUUUCACUUUAAUUUUAUCUGCCGUUCUUGUGAAUAUUCAUGCAACGGCCAGAUUAAACGCCUCGUGCAAAGUACGAGUUUUAGACUGUCUCACCCACUUUUCAAUGAUCCAUCUCUUUAUUGGUGAAAUCUGCCGUCGUAAAAAGGAAAGUGACGGCGAUAAAGCUUAUCCCUGCGGCAGUCGAAAACAUUUCUCUGAAUGUGACUGCGAUACGUGUAAGAAGCAACUCGAGGAAAGUGUUAGAGCAUCCCUAGAUAUGUCAUACGUUCGUUCCGUGGAAGCAUUCACUGAAGACAUGCCACAAUCGACACUCCAGGUUUUUGCGAUGUUUUAUAAACAGUCAUAUCCUUGGUAUGCGGUAUUAUCAGUUGCAUUGUCAUUUUUGUCCUUACUUGUUAGCAUUUACUCGUUCGAAAAAAAUUAUUGGAUCCUGGAAAUUGUCAUACGCAACAAAAACUAUAUAAGGCCAGUAAACUUUCCAAAAAGGUCGGCAGUUGUUUUCGUCGUUUGGCAAACGCUUCGCCUAUUGGGUAGACUCUCGGCAUUCGUUGGGCUGUCAAUAGCCUCCAGCAGCUUGACGUUGGCUUAUUAUGGUGUGCGUUGGCUUUUUGACGUUUCAGUAUGCUUGUGCAUGUCAAUUAUUUCCCUUUUAACCAUUUAUCCACUGUUCUUUCACGUUUCCAACUCAUAUUACGUUAUUAUGCGAAAUUCUACACCACGAGACAUAAGGUGUAGCAAUGGUUUUGCAUUAAUAGGCAUGGCGUUCCUUUUCUUGAUAUUUCACGGUUUGGGUGGCAACAAAGCGAUCACAGGUGAGAAGAAAGAUGAAUUACUGGGAUGGUAUGUAGCAAUCUUGGUCGUGAAUGCUCUUGCAUUCGUUUUCCAAGCCAUUUUUUACUCCUCAAAAUGUCAUCCACUUAAAGUUACAUACAGGAAAUGGAAAAAAUUACAAGAUCGAGCAGGCGUUGGACGCAUGGGAAUACUAACUUGCCAUGAAACAAACACAAAAACGAAUGUACCAAUACACAGUGCUGAUUAAUGGAGGGCAUAGGCGUACGAGACAAGGGGGAGGGGGGGGGGGGCAGUUGCCAUGAAAACCAUGGAAACUCGGGCGAAUGCUAGGAAAAAUGAAGAAAAUUUGGG